GCAGUUUUCCGUCGGGGACACAAUUCUAGGUAGAACAGUGCUCGGACCAUAAACGGAACGUGUUGUUGUGUUUUGUGUUCAAAAAGUCUACAUGCGACUGUAAAUAAUACAUUAUUUAAGCAGAGAUAAAGACAUACGACUGGACUGCGGUGAUUCAGAAGAAGCCAUGAAGAAAAAAGUUCACCACAGAGAAAAAAUGCAGCUCGGUCAAGAGUCAUCUGCAUAUGCUGUCGGCCAGGUAUCAGGCAGUUUGUUCCAGCAGAGCUCUGAACCGUCUGGGUCAUUGUCAGCAUUAUUCACGACUCCGUUACCAGCGUCGUCAUCAUCUCUGUUUCAGCCUGUCCCUAAGAAGCGUAUUCAAAAGACCACAGAAAGAAAUGAGCAGCAGAAAGAUGGUUUAGAAGUGAAGGUCAAGGAGAUGAAGAACAAACCCAACAGGAAGACAUCAGUGGCUGAGCAGCAGCUGCUGAACAGGGAGAGCAGUUUAUUAACAGCAGACACAGAUGAGAAUGUGCAAAAGAGUUCAAUGAGAAAAAAGAGGAAAGCAUCAGAGAUUACUGGUGAAAACAGUACAGAUUACUGGGUGACGAAGCGACAGAAACUGAAGGCCAACAAACAAGAGGAAGCCUUAAAGAUGAAAAGGACCGUGUUUGUUGGCAACCUACCAAUCAGCUGCACAAUGAAGACCCUGCUAGGACUCUUCAGAGAUAAAGGACCGAUUGAAUCUGCUCGGUUUCGCUCUGUGGUCAGAGAGGAUCCCUCUAUGUCUCGUAAAGAAGCAACUAUUAAACGCAAAGUUCAUCCCAAGAAGCAAAGCAUAAAUGCUUAUGUGGUGUUUAAAAAUGAAGAGGGAGUUACCAAUGCUCUGGAGAGGAAUGGCAUGGAGAUCGAGAAAGGCUUUCACAUCCGAGUGGACAGAGUGACUGACAAGUCAUCACAUGAUCACAAGCGCUCUGUUUUUGUUGGGAACCUGGCAUUUGAUAUCAAGGAGUUGGCAUUUCGACAGCAUUUUGAGGAGUGUGGAAAAGUCGAGGGAGUGCGACUAGUGCGAGACCCAAACUCCGGACUUGGGAAAGGAUUCGGAUAUGUCCUGUUUGAGAGUGCCGACUCGGUAGAGGUGGCGCUAUCACUGGAUGGCUCAAAGCUGGAAAGCAGGUCCAUCCGUGUGAAGAGAUCAGUGACAAAGGAAAAGCAGACGAAUAAAACCAACAGCACAGGAGCCCUGAGGAAGUCCAGGCAGAAUGCUGUGAAAGGUUCAGGAGGGGCCCGGAAACCCGGUCAAGCAAAUUUCAAUCCCAAACCAAGUGACCUCUCGUCUUUUAAAGGAGAGAUGGCAAAUCCAAACAAGAAAAAUAAGAAAGUUUUAAAGAAGAAAAAUAAGACAAGAAAGACUCGUCGAGUCUCUAUGAAAUAAAGGACAAAUGAUGAUAUAAUCUAUUUCCUUGACUGUUCAAAUAAGAUUUUCUUUUUCACAAGGUUUUUUAGAAACUGUGUAUUUUCAGAAUACAAUACCCUUUUCUUGGUGAUUUAUGUAUUUUUAAUUUUAAAAGUUUAAACCUGAGGUGUGUUUGAAAAAAAGAAAAAUUGCUAAAUGUUAUGCUUGCAAUAUAUUUAGCUACAAAAAGGUGUACAGAAAAUGGAUGGAUGGAGUUCAAUUCAAUUAAACACUUUAUUGGU